UAUGGAGAUUUGGAAACUCUCAGUGUUAAUGCUGACCCUACUUGCUCUUGCCUGCAGUGUUCAAGGAUUGUCUUUUACUCUAAAAAGAGACCCCUGGAUUUCAGAUAACUGGGCGGAUGAACCAGUGGAGGAGACACUAGCCAGCCAAGUGGCCAGUCUACUAAAGAGAUCCAAAUCUCAUCAGUUCUAUGGACUAAUGGGAAAGCGCUCUGAAGUCAUCCGGCCUGUGAAAAUGGAGCGAAGAGGGCAUAAGGGAGACGUGUUUGUGGGACUGAUGGGCAAGAGAUCUUCAGGAGGUGACUUCAGAAAAACAAUCCCAGAGACCAGCACAGCAAUAGACAAAUCUGGAGAUUUGAACAAACAAGCAGCAGAUGUGCGAGAUGAAUGGGACAGACUGCAGUAUCCAGCGCUCUAUUAG